GUAAGGACCUCGGUCAUAAUUUGACGCGAUGCUCAAGCGCCAAAAGAACCAUUUUGUUCUUUAUUCACAUUUAUUAUUGUGGGGUAGUACCUAGCAAUCUAGCAUUUUGCAUUUUAGAUUACUCCGUAUUUGUUUAUUUUUAAUCCCAAACCCAAUCCAAGGGUCUAGCCGUCGGAAGUGACCCCAACCAAUGCCAGGGCCGGGCUGCACAGAGCAGCGCGACGAAACAAUUUCUACAGUGCAGCGCGGCGAAACAAUGGCGAAUGGACCUGAAGUUAACCUCCAACGGUUUCUCCAAUGGCUACAUUUGAAUAACGUCCAGCUACGCGGUUGCAGUAUCAAGUACAGCGAUUCGAACAAAGGGUUUGGGAUUUUUUACUCUAAAAAUAUCUGUGAUGGGAUACAGCUGGUGGUUCCACUUGAUUUAAGUAUAACUCCUAUGAGGGUGCUUCAAGAUCCUCUUUUUGGACCUCACUGUCGGGCAAUGUAUGAGGAAGAGGAAGUGGAUGACAGGUUCUUGAUUAUUUUGUUCCUGAUGGUGGAACGCCUAAGAAAGAACUCUUCUUGGAAACCGUAUUUUGAUAUUCUUCCUACCAAAUUCCAGAACCCACUUUGGUUUACAGAUGAUGAACUUUCUGAGCUGAAGGGGACUACAUUGUAUCGGGCAACUGAUUUGCAGAAGCAAAAACUGCACCAUCUUUUUUAUGAAAAGAUGAAGAAGCUGGCUGAGGAACUUUUGACUCUUGAUGGAUUCCCUGGGAGAAAAAUAACCUUUGAGGACUUCUUGUGGGCAAAUUCUGUAUUUUGGAGUCGAGCACAAAAUAUACCUCUUCCACAUUCCUAUGUAUUUCCAACAAGUUCAGAAGGACAAGGUAGAACAACUUCAUGAAACUCGGAGAUUCUUAGACAUCUACUAAUCAUAUU